AUUAUCUAUUUAUCUCGUAGUAUCUCUUCUUAACAGAACCCCUAUAAAUUCCCUACGAUCGAUCCCUUGGCUCCACCUAUCACUUUUCCUUCCGAUCAGAUCCUCUCAGUUAUCAUGGCGGGCGGCGCCUUCACCGAGAAGGGCAAGCAAUAUCCGGGGAAGAUGACGGUGUUCGUCUUCCUCACCUGCCUCGUCGCCUCCUCCGGCGGCCUCAUCUUCGGAUACGACAUUGGCAUCUCAGGCGGCGUGACGUCCAUGGACCCGUUCUUGAAGCGCUUCUUCCCGUCGGUGUACGCCAAGGAGCAGGAGGUGGUGGAGACCAACCAGUACUGCAAGUUCGACAGCGUGCUGCUGACGCUCUUCACCUCCUCGCUCUACCUCGCGGCGCUCGUCGCCUCCCUCUUCGCCGGCUACAUCACCAAGAGGUGCGGCCGCAGGGUGUCCAUGCUCGGCGGCGGCGCCAUCUUCCUCGUCGGCGCCGUCCUCAACGGCCUCGCCCAGAACGUGGCCAUGCUCAUCAUCGGCAGGAUCUUUCUCGGCAUUGGCGUCGGAUUCAGCAAUCAGUCCGUGCCACUGUACCUGUCGGAGAUGGCGCCGGCGAAGAUGCGCGGCAUGCUCAACAUCAGCUUCCAGCUCAUGACCACCGUGGGCAUCCUCGUCGCCAACCUGAUCAACUACUUCACGGCCAAGAUCCCCGGCGGCUGGGGCUGGCGCAUCGGGCUCGGACUGGCCGCCGUCCCUGCCGUCAUCAUGGUCGGCGGCUCCAUCUUCCUCCCCGACACGCCCAACUCCCUGGUCGCCCGGGGCAAGGUGGAGAGCGCCCGCGCCAUGCUCCGCCGCAUCCGCGGCACCGACGACGUCUCGCUGGAGUUCGACGACCUCGUGGCGGCCAGCGAGGCCAGCGAGGCCAUCCAGAACCCGUGGGGGACCCUCCUGCAGCGCCGGUACCGGCCGCAGUUGGUGAUGGCGGUCCUCAUCCCGACGCUGCAGCAGCUCACGGGGAUCAACGUCGUCAUGUUCUACGCCCCCGUGCUGUUCAAGACCAUCGGGUUCGGCGGCACCGCCUCGCUCAUGUCGGCCGUCAUCACGGGCCUCGUCAACAUGUUCUCCACCUUCGUCUCCAUCGCCACCGUCGACCGCCUCGGCCGCCGCAAGCUACUCCUUGAGGGCGGCAUCCAAAUGAUCCUUGCACAGUUCGUGCUUGGGACGCUGAUCGCGGUCAAGUUCGGGACGACGGGCGUGGCGGCCAUCUCGCGGCCGUACGCGAUCGGGGUGGUGUUCUGCAUCUGCGUCUUCGUGUCGGCGUUCGCCUGGUCCUGGGGCCCGCUGGGGUGGCUGGUGCCCAGCGAGAUCUUCCCGCUGGAGAUCCGCUCUGCAGCACAGAGCGUGGUGGUCGUCUUCAACAUGAUCUUCACCUUCAUCAUCGCGCAGAUCUUCCUUAUGCUGCUCUGCCACCUCAAGUUCGGCCUCUUCUACUUCUUCGGCGCAUGGGAGAUCGCCAUGACACUCUUCGUCUACUUUUUCCUGCCGGAGACCAAGGGAAUCCCCAUUGAGGAGAUGGACCGGAUCUGGGCCAACCACUGGUACUGGAAGCGGUUCGCCGUCGACGGCGGCCGCAAGGUCGAGCUCACGUCCACCGCCGUAUAGCAAUCGUUAUCUUAGUCAUUAGUUCAUGUUACUUUUCUACUGUCUCGUGGAAAAUUGUCAUCCCAAAAUCAUUUAAUUCCUC